AAAAAGGAACUUACAUUUUUUUAUCUCACGCUUAAAGCCUACCGAAACCUCUAGCGGAAAGUGCAAUGUCUGCGACGUAACGCUCGUUAGUCAGUGUAGUACGGUGGUGUUUCUAGAAACGAACUUAAAAGCAAACGUAACGAGUGCUGUGCCACAAAAAUGGACAACUUCGAGCGGAUACUGGUCGAUGUCGACUGCAGCCGGUAUGAGGAGGAUGCGUUCUCGCUGCUGGAUAAGUCGCGUGAUGUCAACAUCGUGCGUGACCUGCGCUCAUCGACCGUGUCGGUGUUUGAUCAGACCCGCUUCCCGCAGCUCAACAUCUCCUCUCGGACACAGCUCAAACAGCAGUUGCUCCGCGAGCAGCUCAAGAACAGUGAAUCAAGCCCUCGUUCGAUGGUCACCUCACCUGAACCGCCGGUUCUUUCCGUCCGAUUGCCACUCGAGAACAUCGACAUCGAGCUACCGAAGAAGGUGCUGCAGGUGGAGACAAAACUCGAGAACCCCACGCGGUACCACGUGAUCCAGAAGCAGAAGACGCAGGUUCGCGAGUAUGUGACGGCUGCUCUCAAGCUGACGAAGCAGAACCUCGUGCGGGAGUCGUGCCGGCACACGCGGCUCAUGAUCCUGGGUCGGUUGUACGACUCGUUCAUCAGUACAAAACCUUCACAGCUCGGAGCGCAACCACCUCCAGCAGCUGGACCUACCGCAUCUAGCGGCAGUAGUACUGGAGGUGUUCCAGCGCUAGGGUCUGGAACCACAACCCAAGGAAAAGCUCUCACCUCGACCGGUUCGGGAACAAUGUCCACAGUAUCUACAGGAACGCCAUCAGCAACACCGACCAUCGAGCAGCAGCAGGAGUGGCGAUUGGAGGUGAAGUUGUCCAGCCGAUUUGGCAACAAGCUCUAUCAAACGUUCGUGGACGAGUUUGACUACGUGCGGGACCUGCUUGGAUUGAUUCGGUUCGAAAUUCCGAAGUGGGUGUUUGUGGUGUCGGAGUUCGAGGACGAGAUCUCAUCGUAUGAGUGCAAUCGAGCGGCGCGGGCAGCACAGCAAGCCACGGUUGCGGCCGUCUCGGAUCCGGAGUAUCUGCUGAGGCCUGCUUUGACCGCCGAGAAAGGAUCUAAGCAUGAGAAGUUCAUAGAACCGGAGGUGCGCGAUCGGAUCAAGAAGGACAACCACAACUGCAGUAGGUAUCGUGGAGUCGUUGUUGUCGUCGAACCCCGGGGUAAACGGACUACUGACCGUUUGUGUCAGGUCCGAUUUUUUGAGGCACGUGGUAAAACCGUGGUAUGGCGUAACGUAUACGCUUGGCGCAAAGGUCGUGGAUAUUUGAAGCUAAUAUGAUGAUGCUCAUACGAAAGUUUACGUUCAUCCAGAACUUAGAAGACCUUAUAAUUGCAUUUUUAUUGAUUUUUUAUGCUUUCCUCUGAAUAUAAAUUCAAUCUAACCAGUUAUAGCAGCCAGAGAGCUCUUCUCCGGCAAGCAGACUUUUUCUUUUCGUUUUUUUUGGUUCUUAUUUCUCUUGAAAGUAAUCUGCAAGAAACUGCACCUGGGAGUUGAAGUCCUACGUGAAGAUCGAGAUCGCGUGUUUGGUUUCGAGUAUGGCGCGUUUCUGAUCGGCUGUGAUGGCUCAUGCUGUAAAAUACGAUUCUCAUUUCCAACGAUAGCUUUUAAAUUCCAUGUACGAUUAUAUUAAAAUCAGGCAGGAAUUGUAAAGUCACAGCUAGAGAGUUAGACUAAUAGUAGACAAAUCAAAACUCAACAGCAGGCUCCCAUUACUAUUACUUUUACUAUAGCAGGCACCUUUCAAAGGCACCACAAAAUUCGAAGUAUUGGUGUUUUACAAACCUUUGGUAUACUGAAGUACCUUUAAGCUUAAA